UUGUCAAUUUCUACUCUAGCUAAUUAAGUUCUUGCUCCAACUUGUUUCAUUUUCUUCGCUUGUGUUGUUACUUUCCAGUUUCCUCUCGAAGAAACGAAUUUUCCGAAUUCAAUUCUUCCUUGGAAGUAAUUCUUUUGUUUUUCUUUGAGAAUUUUUCCGUGUUUUCUGUAAUUCCUUGAGCUGGAAUGGUGGUUGUUUCUUCUCGAUCUUGAUCUGCGUAAUACUUUGUGGGGAAUCGCGUUAUUGCGCAAUACUUAAUUAGGGAAUUAGGUCACACUUUAGUAUAGAUAGAUGGAUUUGGAAGGGGGGUUUACGGUAGUUGAAUCGGUUGAAGAUAAUGAAGAAAUUACAGAUGAAACCAGAAAUUUGGGAAAUUUUGGUGAAUCCAAGGUUCGAAAUAACGAGUCUUCUGUUGUUGAAAAUAAUGAUAACGUGCAAAAGGGUGGUGAAGCUUCGCACUUGAAACUUGAAGCGACAAGGAGAGGGCAUGGAUUGAAGAAAUGGCGAAGGAUUAGAAGAGAUGCCAAUAAGGGCGGGGGAAUUGGCGUUGCUACUGGUUUGAUGGGACCACAUGAAUUAUCGAAUUCGGUUGUAAAUCCAAGUAAACGAAUGCAAUAUGCUUCAAGAAAGCAAAAGAGUGAGGGCUCUAUCUCGUCGACUGAUGCUGUAGUUAGGAGUUUCGAUGGUUUUGCACUUCGUGAUGAUUCGGGUUUAGGGUUCAGCCGACCUGUUGCUGUCGAAACAGAUUCGGAAAAUAGCGAGGACCGGAGUAGCAAAUCCUCCACGGCAGCCAGUGCUCCAAAGGGGAGUAGGGCAAAGAGUUCGAGUGGAAAGAACUUAACACACACAGUGCAGCGUGGUGGUCAGCUAGGGAAGGGGAGGAUUGAAAACAGUAACAAGGGUAGAGGUGAACGGGUCAAAAUCGAGAAGGAAGACUCUCAUUCCAGCUUGGAAUCUGACUCGCGAAGCUCCAAUUUUGUGUUUAUGCAGGGAACUAGCUCCGCGAAUAAUGGUGUACGGAAUGAAAGGUUGAAAGGUUACGACGGAGAAGACGAAGAUGAAGUUCAGGGAGGAAGUGGGCAAGAAGUUACGUAUGGAUUUCGAGGUGGUUAUAGCAGAGAUGGUGAGGGAGCGCAUGAAGAAUUUUCACCUGAAGAUAGAGUUGCUGACUCAUCUUCAGAAAUGAAAGAAGAAAGAAGGGAGAGCCAUGGUUCCUUGAGCGAUCAGGAUCCUCUAGUUGAAUCUAUCUCUGCGAUGGAUUGUUUAAAAGAAGCACUAGAAAAAGAGGUGCUAAAGUUCAAGGAAACCGGCAAAGAUGUUUCAGUUGAUGAUUCUAUAUCAGACUUAUGUACAGAGUUUAUAGAUAUCGAACAAAAACUCCAAACAACAAGCUCUCGUCAGUUGCCAUGUGGCGAAAGCGAAGACAGUUCCCUAGGGGUGCAAUCUGAGGUUGUAGAGAGAGAAAAAAGAGAUGUCGAGGCAGAAAUUGAGGAACUCUUUAAGCAAAAGAUCGAAAAUGAAGUUGAGUGUAUGGUAUUAUCCAGAUCGGCCAAAGAUCUGAGAGCUGCUUCUGCUGUGGAUCAAAUUACUGUUAUGGAAGAACAAGCCUCUGAGCAAACUGUAAUACUCAAUAAGCUCGAACAUGCAGAAAACAAGGCUGCUAUGCUCAAGAAAGAAGCUGAGAAGUUGGAACGUAUUUGUGAAGACAUUGCUAGUGUCGACGAAACACUAAAGCUACAAAACAGGGUUUGUAAGUACAGUUCGUGUUUCUUUGUUCAGCUAGUAAUGUUGGCACUUGCAUUAGCCGUCUUUGUUUACCAGUUGUCACCGUCACCGAAUUACGAGAAGGUUGUUCCCACUUAGAUUUUGUAAAGAGUCUUUUCCUUUCAUCCUUCUUAUUUUUUGCGAGGCUUAAUAUUUUGAUUUUUGAUGAUAUGUUUUCGGUGUUGAUUAAUUUUGUUUUGAAAUGUAUAGAUCAAGCCUUGAGUAGAUCUAGCUGAUUUUGCAGCUUUCUCUAUCUUGCAAGUUUUGUAUUGAUCCUCAGCAGUAAAAAAAAAAAGGGGGGAAAAAAAAGACGUUUUUACGUGGAUAAUUCAUUUUGUACUUGUCG